AUGGCCGAUUUUUUUGACGACGCCGCCGAUGUGGCAUCUGGAGAGGAGGAGGAAGAAGAAGAGGAGUUCGACGAGGAGACUGGCGAGCCGAUAUCUAAAAGCCGCAAAUCGAAUGGUGCCAAUAUGGACGACUCGAGUGAGGAAGAAGACGACGAUGACGACGAGGAAGCUGCGGCUGCUGUUCGAGAAGGCUUCAUUGUAGACGAGGAUGACGAUGAAGAUGUCGAUGCCAAGGCGACGCGAAAGCGCGAGAGAAAAAAGCGACGGCGUCAAGAGCGAGAGCAGGAAGAAGAGCUCGAUGAGGAAGAUUUGGAUCUCAUCGGCUUGGGCGCUCCAGGCGAGCGGCGCGAGCCUGAGAACAAAUUCAAGCGGCUCAAGCGUGGUCACAGGGACAAUCGAUCUGCCAGCGAGACCAGAGGAGUUGAGGACAUCUUUUCUGACGAGGAAGAUGGCGAUGCAGAUGUUGGCGUUGGUCGCCGAGCAGGUUUCGGCCUCAACGACGAGAUGGAUGACUUCAUCGAGCAAGAUGAGUUCCCGGACGAAGAAGGAGGCCAACUGGAUGAGGACCUGGGUGUCCGAGCGCCGCGCCGAGGUGGUAUGCCUGAUAUGAAUAACCUGAAAGAUUCUGGUCUGGGCGAGAUUGAACUCGAAGACAUGAUGGGUGCGUUCGGAGAUGGCGCAGAGUACUCUUGGGCGCUGGCGGCGGAAGCUCAGAUGAACGAAGAUGGGCUGGAUCCCGACAAGCCUAUUGAGUUGCACGACGUUUUUGAGCCUUCUCAACUUGAGGAGCGAAUGCUCACAGAUCGCGACAACGAGAUUCGCGCGACUGAUGUUCCUGAGCGGUUUCAGCUCGCCCGAGCUCCCUACAAGGACACCUCUAAUCUUCCAGAGGACCAGGCCAUGGCACGAAACGCCGAAGAAGCUAAGUGGAUCGCGAGUAUUCUCUUCCCUCGAAAGCGCCUUGACCCGAGUCUGAGAGAGCCAUUCGAGCUGGCUCUCAGACAAGUGCUCCAAUUUAUGAAUGUGGAUGACUUUGAGCCGGCAUUCAUUUUCCAGAAUCGAAAGGACUAUCUGAUUCAUUCAGAACAGAUCCCGACCAACGGUGGCGGCUACACAGUCAAGGCAGAGAAGCUUUUUACUCAAACAGACCUGUGGGAUGUGUUCGAGCAGGAUCUCAAAUAUCGCGCAUUUGCUGAGCGACGAGACGCAAUUCAGCGCAACGUUGAGCUACUGAAAGAGCUCGAGACCGGCUUUGACGACAAAGUCUUCGACGAGUUGAUUCCGGAUGCCGCUCAGUUGGAUGACUUGCAAGAUCUUCAAGAUUACCUCAACUUCCAAUACUCCAUACAGCUCAAGGAUCUCAGCAUUUCUGAAGCACAGGAGAACGGCGGCCAGAAGCGGUCAAGUGGCAACCGCGGCUUCUGGGACAAGGUUCGAUCAGGACCUGCGUAUCAUUUGGUCCGCGCGAUUGGCCUCACUGCAGAUCAAAUUGCGAAGAACGCUGAGGGUCUUGGACACACCGCUCCGGAUGAUCAGGGUGAAACGCCAGAGAAAAUCGCGGAUUCACUCAUACGCGCGCCAGAUUACAUGACUUCAACGUCGAUCAUUGACGGAGCAAAACUUAUGAUGGUUGAAGAGAUUGUGACAAGCCCACGCAUGCGGAAGUACAUGAGACAGAUCUACUACAAGAACUUGAUCUUCGACUGCCACCGGACCGAGAAGGGUCUCAAACAGAUCAGUGAAGAUCACCCAUACUAUGAGUUCAAGUACCUCCGCAACCAAGAAGUGCGCAACUUUCUGGUUGAGAGGCCGGAAUUGUAUCUUCGCAUGCUGAAAGCUGAAGCCGACGGUCUCGUAGAAGUCCGUGUCAACCUGAAGCAAGAAAAAGACAUCAGGGCCAAUCUUGAGGCUGCUAUCCAAUCCGACAACUUCUCGCAAGUAGCAGACGCCUGGAAUGAGCUCCGAAGAGAAAUCAUCCAGUUGGCGAUGAAGAAAAUGCACAAGCUCAUUUCCAAGGGCGUCAAAGACAACCUCAAAAAUGAGUGCGAAAAUAAGAUUGCGGGCUACUGUCGAGAUGCUUUCACGACCAAACUGGAUCAAGCGCCGUACAAGCCGAAGGGCAUGGAGCUUGGCACUUGCGCCCGUGUGCUUGCAUUGUCGAACGGAGCUGGCAAUCGCUCAGAUGCCAUUUGCUGGGCGUAUGUCAACGAAUCUGGAAACGUCUUGGAGAAUGGCAAAUUCACAGACCUGCGGCCCGGCAAAGAGGAUAAGUACAUUCCUGAGGGCAAAGACAUCCAAGCCUUUGUCGAAGUCGUGGAGCGAAGAAAGCCUGACGUCAUCGCUGUGUCCGGCUGGUCUACAGAGACAUAUCGCCUCUACCAGGAUCUAAAGGAGAUCGUCAAGAAGUAUGAGCUGCGUGGCGCACCUUAUGAAGAUCCAGACGAGGAUAGGGAGGUGUCUGACCCUCUGGAAGUCGUCAUCCCUCAAGAUGAAGUCGCUCGACUUUACUGGUCUACGCCUCGAGCAGAGACAGACCACCCAAGCCUUCCGCCGCUCGCUCGAUACUGCGUCGCGCUUGCACACUACAUGCAAAAUCCAUUAAAGGAGUAUGCAGCGCUCAAAAGAGACAUCGUGUCUGUCACAUUCGAUCCGAAUCAGAACCUUCUGCCGGAAGACAAACUACGGCGCUACCUGGAGACGGCCAUGGUUGAUAUUGUCAACCUCGUUGGUGUCGACCUCAAUGAAGCUCUCAACGACCCUGGCACGCAGAACCUGCUACCUUUCGUUUGUGGCCUUGGACCUCGCAAAGCGGACAAUUUGAUCAAAGCCGUGGCUGCAAAUGGAGGCGAGGUGACGAACCGCAAUGAUCUGCUCGGGAUUGGCGAAGUCAGCAAACGUCCAGCUGUUUCUCCCAAAGUGUUCCAUAACUGUGCUAGCUUCCUUUAUAUCACAUGGGAGGAUGAUCAAGAAGCCGACUAUCUCGACAACACCAGAAUCCACCCUGAAGACUACGAGAUCGCUCGCAAAAUGGCCGCUGAUGCCCUCGAACUUGACGAGGAAGACAUCAAAGCGGAGCAAGAGGAGAAUGGCGUUAGCGGCGUUGUCCGGAAACUGGUGAAGGAUGAGCACACAGACAGGGUCAAUGAUCUUGUGCUCGAGCAAUACGCUGAGCAGCUCGAAACGCAGUUCGGUCAGAGAAAGCGUGCCACCUUGGAAACCAUUCGAGCUGAACUCCAGAAUCCUUACGAAGAGCUGCGACGAAACUUCAACUGGUUGACGACAGAUGAGCUCUUCACACAGCUGACAGGAGAAACCCGAGACUCUCUACAAGAAGGCAUGAUUGUGCCGGUGUCUGUCAAGCGCACGUUCCCCGACCAUAUUGAGGUGAAGCUUGACUGUGGUAUUGAUGGUGGCAUCUCAGAGACCGAAUAUCCCGAGGAAAUGGCUGCGAAGCGCAUCGAGCCACGCCAAAUGUGGACUCAGCACCAGGUCAUUCAGGCCAAAUUGACGUUCAUCGAGCGGAAGAAGUUCACGGCACAAUUGACAUUGCGAGAACAGGAGAUGAAGACGCCAUUCAAGCGGGUAUUCGAUCAUGGUAUGGAGGAGUGGGACGAGCAGCAAGAAGAGCUGGACAAGAAGGAAGCCAAGAAGGCUGCCGAGAAGGGACAAGCUCGACACCAGCGUGUCAUCAAGCAUCGUCUAUUCAAGCCGUUCAACUCCAUACAAGCCAUUGAAGCGCUCAAGACACAAGGACGCGGCGACUGCAUCAUUCGACCAUCAUCGAAGGGAUCAGAUCAUCUUGCUGUGACCUGGAAGAUUGCCGAGGAUGUGUACCAGCACAUCGACGUUUUGGAGCUCAACAAGGAAAACGAGUUCAGUGUAGGGAAGGUACUCAAAAUCGGCAAGUACACAUACUCUGAUCUCGACGAACUCAUCGUCUUUCAUGUCCAAGCCAUGGCCAAGAAGGUCGACGAGAUGACCAACGACGAGCGCUACCAGUCCGGCACGAAGGAAGCAACAGAUCAAUGGUUGACCACCUACACCGAAGCCAACCCAAAACGCUCGAUGUACUCCUUCUGCAUGUGGCCAAAUUAUCCGGGCCACUUCUACCUCUGCUUCAAAGCUGGACAGGAAGCUCGGCUGUCGCACUGGCCUGUCAAGGUCAUUCCACAAGGUUUCGAACUCAAGGGUAAUCGGUAUCCUGAUAUGCGAGCUUUGAAGAAUGGCUUUAAGCUUCUGAUGCAGAAUGCGACGAAUGGUGCUCGUCGCUAA